AUGAUUGAAGCUGGAUUUUUUAGUUGUAAUGUUGGUGAUCGUGUCAUAUGCAUUUAUUGUAAUAUUAUCUAUCAACAAUGGAUUCCAAAUAGUAACAAUCCAUGUGAAAUACAUAGAACACUCUCACCCAAAUGUCCUUAUGUUAUAUCCAUGUUGAUUCGUCCUCAAACAUCAACGAUUUUGGUUAUUAAUGAACAUUGUAGCACUGAUCAAUCAUCCACCUCAACCAACAUCGAUCCAUUUCGAUGUAAUGCACUUGUUUAUACUGCAGCUUGUAAUCCAUCUUAUAUUGAAAUACCAAAACGAUAUGCAUCUUUUGCUACUUGGCCUAAUGAAAACUUAUCAUCUGUUAAUGAUCUAGUCAAAGCUGGCUUCUUUCAUACUGGUACUAAAACUAUUGUGACUUGUUUUUAUUGCAAUGGUUCUUUACAAAACUGGGGUCCAAAUGAUAAUCCAAUGAUAGAACAUGCUCGUUGGUUUCCACAUUGUGCAUAUGCAAAACAAUUGUGUGGUGCUAAACUGUAUCGAAAGAUUCAAGAAUCAACGCAAACUCAACAAGGUUUCUUCUCAUGCUCUUUUCUGAAUGUAUUUCGUUUUUAUGUUUUUGAUUUAGCAACACCUAGUUCUAAGAAUUGGAUCAAUCAGUUAAUAAUCAAUAAUAGUAGCACAGUCGAUGAUCGAUGGUCAAUAUCAGAUGAGGAUACGUUAUGGCAACUUGUAGCUGCUCGACUUGAUUUGCCUAUUUCACAGAGUCUCCUUAGUCGUAACUUCAACCUAUCGAUCAUUAAAAGAUGUUGGGAAGAUCAACUUCGAUUAAAACGUAAAUUGAGAGAUUUUUUUCAUGAUUUUGUACAGAAAAAUUAA